ACAACUUGGGAGAUUUGCGCCCAUAGUAUAGUAGCUUAAAAAAAAGGAAAAUCAAUUAUUAGGCAACGAAUCUCUGGAUCCUUACAAAUAAUCCUUGCUUUAAAAUGUUUAAUCUAAGCAAACAACUGGUGGUCAGGGCGCCAAAGAUCCGUUUGACCGCUUGCGCUGUGAGUGGAAGUGGUCAAAGUUCAAGUCUCGAUCAAACCAGCAACAAUUGCGGCCUGGAACUUGCUGGCCCUAAUCUCAAUCGAUGCCACAAACGUUUGUCCAGCACUAUUCAAAGUUCGCACGCCAGUCCAAUGAAGCGUUUAGCAGGAAAAGUAGCCGUGGUCACCGCCUCCACAGAUGGCAUUGGCUUUGCCAUCGCCAAGAGACUGGCCGAAGAUGGCGCUGCCGUGGUCAUCAGCAGUCGGAAGCAAAAGAAUGUGGACUCUGCUCUGGCGGAGCUGCGAAAACUGAACCUCAAUGUCCAUGGACUAAAGUGCCAUGUCAGCGAGUCGGAGGAUCGCAAACAGCUCUUCGAGGAAACCAUCAGCAAGUUUGGCAAACUCAACAUUCUGGUCAGCAAUGCCGCCACCAAUCCUGCUGUCGGUGGCGUCCUCGAGUGCGACGAAAAGGUGUGGGACAAGAUCUUCGACGUGAACGUGAAGAGCUCCUAUCUGCUGGCCAAAGAGGCACUGCCUCUCCUGCGCCAACAGAAGAACUCCAGCAUUGUUUUCGUCUCCUCCAUUGCGGGCUACGAUGCCUUUGAGCUACUUGGCGCCUACUCCGUCAGCAAGACUGCUUUGAUUGGCUUGACCAAGGCGGCGGCCAAGGAUCUGGCGCCCGAGGGCAUCCGCGUCAACUGCCUGGCCCCCGGCGUCAUCAGGACGAAGUUCUCCAAGGCUCUGUACGAGAACGAGUCCGCAAACGAGGCGGCUUUGAGCAAGAUACCCAUGGGUCGCCUGGGCACCAGCGAAGAGAUGGCCGGCGUGGUCUCCUUCUUGGUCUCCGAGGAUGCGGCCUACAUUACGGGCGAGUCCAUUGUGGCCAGCGGCGGAAUGUCGGCUCGUUUGUAAGCGGUGUACAUAAAUAUAUAUUUCCUUACGGGCUAUGGAUAA